GUGAAAGGGGGAAGGAGAGAAAGAGAGAGAGAGAGAGGGGCACGCUAUCGGGGAGACGCUCACAACCCUCGUACGUUGGCCCCCGCGCAACGAGAGCAGCGUUACGCUCGGCUAGCACGGCGGGGCACCUCGUGAGAAUUCGGGUAUCAGGGGUGCUUCCGUAGUAGCGGCGGUGGUCGGUGAUGUGAGUGGUGGCGGUGGUGGCCUGGUGGUAGCGGUGGUGGUGCCGUCGCUGGUGGUAGUGGUGCGGUUACAGUCGAUACGGCGUGGCGGAGGCGUCGAGGAGCUUCUCGUCGGGGACGACGCAAGUGGUGCACGUUGGUGGAUGCGGAUUUACGUAAGAACGACGAGGACGGGGACGGCGACGGCGACGAGGGCUUGUCCGCCCGCUCGUCUGCUUAGUAGUGACGUCGUAUGUGCUGGUCGCGUGUGCGCACGUAUGACGCCGCCAAUGGAUACUCGACGAAGUGGCUGAUCGAAAAUCCGGGGGGACGUCUUCGGUGGUUUGGGCUCGUCGAGCGCGCGCUGCUCGCAGUGCGAAGACGAAGGGACGCGGCGGAUACGCGGUUACCGCAGCGGCGAGGAGUGCUGGGCAAGGAUCCGCGAAUGGACGAGACGGGUCCAUUCAAUUUCGAUUCUCCUCGUAGUUGGCCACAGUGCGCAGCGAGGACUCCGAAAAGCGGGCGGCUCCGUAGAAAUUUCGGGGUGUGCGAAAGGAGCAGCAGCCAGUAGAAGAAGAAUCGCUGGGGAGGGAAGGCGUAGAGAGGAGGGACGGAACGAGAGAUACGCGAGAGUGCGACAACACGGAAGGAAGGAGGAUGGGCGUAAGAUCAGUCCCGAGAAGCUUCCCCGCGCGGAAGACGCUUCUCCGCUGUCGUUGAGACGUGCGCGAAUCCCGAGUGUCGUCGGGAGAGCCAGGCGCAGAGUGCGAAAGAGAAAGAGGAGUCGAGUCGCGGGAAAGUUCGCUACGACGACGACGACGACGACGACGACAAUAACGAUCCAUCAUGGGGGUCUCGGUGUUCCUGCUGUACGCGGUGACGGUGCUCGGCGUGGCAGCCAGCGACAAUUGCGCCGACAAGUGCUCGUGCAAGUGGAAGAGCGGGAAGCGCACGGUGGAGUGCGUGAAUCGCGACCUGACCAGCAUACCGGAGUGGAUCGAUCCGGAGACCCAGGUGCUGGACAUGAGCGGCAACAACAUCUGUCACCUGCCGGACAACAUAUUUAUACACGUGCGGCUGACGAAUCUGCAGCGUCUCUACUUGCGCGAGUGCCGUAUCGACCGGAUCGACAGCGAGGCACUGGCCGGCCUCACGAAUCUCGUCGAGCUCGAUCUCAGCAACAAUCUGUUGGCGACGGUGCCGAGCUUGAGCUUCACCGACACGCCGUUCCUGCGCGAUCUCGUGCUCGCGUACAACCCCAUCAAGCGGAUCCGUCAGCACGCGUUCAAGAGCACGCCGAAUCUGGUAAAGCUGGAUCUGUCGCAUACGCAGCUCGUUGAGAUCGAGGCCAAGGGCUUCCGCGGACUGGAAAUGCUCGAGAGUCUCAAGCUGAGCAACAACGGACUGUCCACCCUGCAGUCGGGCACCUUCGAGCCGCUCAAGAAGCUCACCAGCAUAGAGUUGCACGAGAAUCCGUGGAUCUGCGAUUGCCACCUGCGCGAGAUUAAGACGUGGCUGGUGAAGCAUAAUCUGCCGACCAUCGUGGCGCCCGUGUGCCACGGGCCUCAGCAGUUACUCGAUCGUGCCUUCACCGAUCUCGGUGUCGACGAUUUCGCCUGCCGGCCGAUCUUGCUGAUAGCCAGCCGUUACGCCGAGGCCACCAUCGGCGAGAACGCCAGUAUCGUGUGUCGCGUGAGCGCGGUACCGCCCGCAAAGGUCAAGUGGUAUUGGAACGGCCGGCUGCUGACCAAUCACUCGGCCUUCAGCAGCUAUCAAAAGAUCCUCAUCUUCGAGGAGGGUCAGUUCCGAAAGCGGAGCACCCUCAUCCUCACCAACGCGCAGGAGGCUGACUCCAGCGAGUUCUACUGCGUCGCCGAGAAUCCCGCUGGCUGCGUCGAGGCGAAUUUCACCCUGCACGUGUCCCUGAGAACGGCGGGCAUGUCGACUUUGGGCUCGGGCCAGAUCGCGGGCAUAUCCGCCGCAUUAGUUGUGCUCAUACUCUUCAUCCUGCUCAUCAUCCUCGUGCUGUUUAUUCGUCUGCGUAGAAUGCCGCUGAAGGACGUCAUCAAGUCGUCGGCGCCGAUGGAAGCGGCGUCCAGCGACGGCGGCGGCGGCGGCGGCGGCGGCGGCGGCGGUGACAACAACCCUUCGUCCGCGACCUCGACCACUCGCAGGAAACACGAGGAGAUCGAGACGACGUCGUUCGCGCUCGAGUCGAAACCGCCCGCGUCGCUGCACCUGAGCUACGUGCAGAGACCGCACGCGGCCGUGGUGCAGGAGAACGAAUACAGUACGAUCAGCCGUUUCGACGAGCAGAGUCAUCAGCCCGCGGUGGCGGCGAUGACGGGCGCCGGGUGUUUCUCGUCGACGGCGUCCUUGAUGCCGAUCGAUAAUCCGGACCUCAUCAGAGACACCCGGCGCGGCUCCACCGAGGACAUCACGCCUUACGGCGUCGCCGAUUACGGCCGCGUCGAAGCGCUGGACGACGCCGGCAAGAUGCUCUACACCAGCUGCCUGUGGGAGGCCAGGGACAGCUGCGGCAGGACGUCCGCCGUCCCGGUGAACGCGUACCCGUCGAAGGAGCAGCUCGCGGUGGUCGCGCCGGUCGUCGAGCAGUUCCCGCCCGGCGCGAAGCAGAUGAGAGUCUGGCAGAAGGGCGUCCCGGUGCUGCCGCCGGUCUCGGCGCUGAAACGCGUCCUGGGAUCCACGCGCAGCUCGCCCGACGAGGGUUAUCAGGAGGGCACCGGCACCGACGUCUAGGUACCGCUACUUCAUUACUGCGACGCCCGGCACCGUUAUCUGGAGCUACGUAGACGGCACCAGGAGGACGACACCGACUGCUAAGGGAGGAACGAGGGGCACGAGGAAGAAAGAACAGAGUUGUCCUCGCGAGUGCCGGGCGGGCGGUAGUGAACAGGAGUAAAAAUGUGUUGGACGAGUCUCUCGCGUUUAAGUGUGAUCGCGUCAGUGCGACGAUGAGCGACGAUAACGCGCCAUUAUUGUCGUGCUCGGACCCGCUUGGACGGGAGCGUCGUGCUCGCGAUCGCGCGUAUAAGUGAUCCAAGGUACUGAAUUAUACAGUUUUCACAUCAACUCGAUACCAUCCAGGUCGACAGGUGCGACAGCACCCCGCAAUCGGGAAGGUACAGCACGGAGGCGAGACGAGGCGCGAGCAACGCACACAGCCCACCCCUAAAGACUGCCAUAACUCAAGUACGCGAAUCGAAUAUAUGCCAGGCGUGUGCGAGGAGCCUUCGAGAGGUCGACGAACGCGUGGAUCGUUACCGCGAUAGAUUGACAUCGUGGCCACCGAGGAUCGUCUACGUCGUUUCGCUCGAUAAACUGACUCGCAUGGUUGACUGUGCUAAGGGUCAUCGCACGCGAUCAACACGACCUUCUCGCAGCCGCGACGCGGCGAAAACGGAUGACCGGGCUCUUCUCUCCAAGAACCAUCCGCGAACGAACGCCCGCAGACGUCUUGCGAGUGGUGCGACUCUUCGAGGCGAUCGACGGCGAAUUAACGACAAGAGAGAGAUAUGUCUUGUGCGCGAUGCGUGUGGUGCAACCAGUCACGAGGGCUGCCUCCAGUGUUCGAUAUCGACAACGUCGACUUGUACAGGAUGCUCCGAAAAGAUGGUCAACGUUCGAAAGAUGACGGUGUCUGCCCGUUGCGAGUGAGGCGGUAGCCACCCGUAGAAAUUGUUUGUACCCAAUACAUGAAUUAUCGCGACUGCUAAUGAGAUUUUACGAUUAGCACUUUCGAGCACGCGGUAAUGUCUCGCGGGAGUCGCGGCUGCAAAUUUAGAUACGCGUUCGUCAAGAUUCUCUUACGCUCGCAACGACUGACACUGUUGUCUCUCAAAAUAUUGGCGUUUCCUCUGGAAAUAUUCUGUGUAACGCGGCAAUGAAAGAUCGGUCGAUCGCGUCAACCGCAAGGCGACGUCUCGCGCACACGGAGUGCAUACAGGAAGUGCAUACACACGACGUGCAUCGAGUCGGGGACGAGGAAGUGAUGACGAUACGCUGCGUCGGCCACGUCAUUGUCUGGGCAGCACAAUAUCGACGGGUAAUACAUUUGUAUAACGGCUAAGCCAAAGCGGUUUGGAUUUAUUGGGAGGUUGAA